AUCCCAAAGCUGCCUUUGUGGGAUUCCAUACAGCACAGCCUGGAAGCGUGGGCCCUGCUUCCUUUUCUGGCCUGGAAGGCAGGUCACGGGGCUAUCACCUCACGGGGAUCAUGAGGGCCCAGGCCCAAGUGCUCACAUGCUCCUCAUGGGGACUGCUCCUCUUAAAGGGUGGGCCCUCCUCUCCCAGCUCCCUGCCCUGGCCAACCAGGAGGCUGGAGGAUCCUGGGUCGGGCCCUCUCUGUUCCACUGCUGCAGCAGGGUCAGAAAUGCUGGAUAGAGAAAACCUUUUGCAAACGGGAAUGCAUCUUUGUAAUUCCUAGCCCGAAAGACCCUAACAGGUGUUGCUGUGGCCAGUUCACCAACCAGCAUAUCCCCCCUCUGCCGAGUGCAACACCCAGCAAAAAUGAAGAGGAAAACCAGCAGGUGGAGGCUCAGCCUGAGAAAUGGUCUGUCGCCAAGCACACCCAGAGCUACCCAACAGAUUCCUAUGGAGUUCUUGAAUUCCAGGGUGGUGGAUACUCCAAUAAAGCCAUGUAUAUCCGUGUGUCCUAUGACACCAAGCCAGACUCGCUGCUGCAUCUCAUGGUGAAAGACUGGCAGCUGGAACUCCCCAAGCUCUUAAUAUCUGUGCAUGGAGGCCUCCAGAACUUUGAGAUGCAGCCCAAGCUGAAGCAAGUCUUUGGGAAAGGCCUGAUCAAGGCUGCCAUGACCACGGGGGCCUGGAUCUUCACCGGGGGCGUCAGCACAGGUGUCAUCAGCCACGUGGGGGAUGCCUUGAAAGACCACUCCUCCAAGUCCAGAGGCCGAGUUUGUGCUAUAGGAAUUGCUCCAUGGGGCAUCGUGGAGAAUAAGGAAGACCUGGUAGGGAAGGAUGUAACAAGAGUGUACCAGACCAUGUCCAACCCUCUAAGUAAGCUCUCUGUGCUCAACAACUCCCACACCCACUUCAUCCUGGCUGACAAUGGCACCCUGGGCAAGUAUGGUGCCGAAGUGAAGCUGCGAAGGCUGCUGGAAAAGCAUAUCUCCCUGCAGAAGAUCAACACAAGACUGGGGCAGGGCGUGCCCCUCGUGGGCCUCGUGGUGGAGGGGGGCCCUAACGUGGCGUCCAUCGUCUUGGAAUACCUGCGAGAAGACCCUCCCGUCCCCGUGGUGAUUUGCGAUGGCAGCGGCCGCGCCUCGGACAUCCUGUCCUUUGCGCACAAGUACUGUGAAGAAGGCGGGAUAAUAAAUGAGUCCCUCAGGGAGCAGCUUCUAGUUACCAUUCAGAAAACAUUUAAUUACAAUAAGACACAAUCGCAUCAGCUGUUUGCAAUUAUAAUGGAGUGCAUGAAGAAAAAAGAACUCGUCACUGUAUUCAGAAUGGGUUCUGAGGGCCAGCAGGACAUCGAGAUGGCAAUUUUAACUGCCCUGCUGAAAGGAACAAAUGUAUCUGCUCCAGAUCAGCUGAGCUUGGCACUGGCUUGGAACCGCGUGGACAUAGCACGAAGCCAGAUCUUUGUCUUUGGGCCCCACUGGCCGCCCCUGGGAAGCCUGGCCCCGCCAGCGGACAGCAAAGCCACAGAGAAGGAGAAGAAGCCACCCACGGCAACCACCAAGGGAGGAAGAGGAAAAGGCAAAGGCAAGAAGAAAGGGAAAGUGAAAGAGGAAGUGGAGGAAGAAACUGAUCCCCGGAAGUUAGAGCUGCUGAACUGGGUGAAUGCUUUGGAGCAAGCGAUGCUGGAUGCCUUAGUCUUAGAUCGGGUCGACUUUGUGAAGCUCCUGAUUGAAAACGGAGUGAACAUGCAACACUUUCUGACCAUUCCGAGGCUGGAAGAGCUUUAUAACACAAGACUGGGUCCACCAAACACACUUCAUCUGCUGGUGAGGGAUGUGAAAAAGAGCAACCUUCCACCCGAUUACCACAUCAGCCUCAUAGACAUCGGGCUUGUGCUGGAGUACCUCAUGGGAGGAGCCUACCGCUGCAACUACACUCGGAAGAGCUUUCGCACCCUUUACAACAACUUGUUCGGACCCAAGAGGCCUAAAGCUCUUAAACUCCUGGGAAUGGAAGAUGAUGAGCCUCCAGCUAAAGGGAAGAAAAAGAAAAAGAAGAAAAAGGAGGAAGAGAUCGACAUCGAUGUGGACGACCCCGCUGUGAGUCGGUUCCAGUACCCCUUCCACGAGCUGAUGGUGUGGGCCGUGCUGAUGAAACGCCAGAAAAUGGCGGUGUUCCUCUGGCAGCGAGGGGAGGAGAGCAUGGCCAAGGCCCUGGUGGCCUGCAAGCUCUACAAGGCCAUGGCCCACGAGUCCUCCGAGAGCGAUCUGGUGGAUGACAUCUCCCAGGACUUGGACAACAAUUCCAAAGACUUCGGCCAGCUUGCUUUGGAGUUAUUAGACCAGUCCUAUAAGCACGAUGAGCAGAUUGCCAUGAAACUCCUGACCUAUGAGCUGAAAAACUGGAGCAACUCGACCUGCCUCAAACUGGCCGUGGCAGCCAAACACCGGGACUUCAUUGCUCACACCUGCAGCCAGAUGCUUCUGACCGACAUGUGGAUGGGAAGGCUGCGGAUGCGGAAGAACCCUGGCCUGAAGGUUAUCAUGGGGAUUCUUCUUCCCCCUACCAUCUUGUUUUUGGAAUUUCGCACAUACGAUGAUUUCUCGUAUCAAACAUCCAAGGAAAAUGAAGAUGGCAAAGAAAAAGAAGAGGAGAAUAUGGAUGCAAACGCAGAUGCUGGCUCAAGAAAGGGGGAUGAGGAGAAUGAGCACCAAAAACAGAAAAGUAUUCCCAUCGGGACAAAGAUAUGUGAAUUCUAUAACGCGCCCAUUGUCAAGUUCUGGUUUUACACGAUAUCGUACUUGGGGUACCUGCUGCUGUUUAACUAUGUUAUCCUGGUGCGGAUGGACGGCUGGCCCUCCCUCCAGGAGUGGAUCGUCAUCUCCUACAUUGUGAGCCUGGCGUUGGAGAAGAUACGAGAGAUCCUCAUGUCAGAACCAGGCAAACUCAGUCAGAAAAUCAAAGUUUGGCUUCAGGAGUACUGGAACAUCACGGAUCUCGUGGCCAUUUCCACUUUCAUGAUUGGAGCAAUUCUUCGCCUGCAGAACCAGCCCUAUAUGGGCUACGGCCGCGUGAUCUACUGUGUGGAUAUCAUCUUCUGGUACAUCCGCGUCCUGGACAUCUUUGGUGUCAACAAGUAUCUGGGGCCGUAUGUGAUGAUGAUUGGAAAGAUGAUGAUCGACAUGCUGUACUUUGUGGUCAUCAUGCUGGUUGUGCUCAUGAGUUUCGGAGUAGCCCGUCAAGCCAUUCUGCACCCGGAGGAGAAGCCUUCUUGGAAACUGGCCCGAAACAUCUUCUACAUGCCCUACUGGAUGAUCUAUGGAGAGGUGUUUGCAGACCAGAUAGACCUCUACGCCAUGGAAAUUAAUCCUCCUUGUGGUGAGAACCUAUACGAUGAGGAGGGCAAGCGGCUUCCUCCCUGUAUCCCUGGUGCCUGGCUCACACCAGCACUCAUGGCAUGUUACCUACUAGUGGCCAACAUCUUGCUGGUGAAUCUGCUGAUUGCUGUGUUCAACAAUACGUUCUUUGAAGUAAAAUCAAUAUCCAACCAGGUGUGGAAGUUCCAGCGAUAUCAGCUUAUUAUGACAUUUCAUGACAGGCCUGUCCUGCCGCCACCGAUGAUCAUUUUAAGCCACAUCUAUAUCAUUGUUAUGCGUCUCAGUGCCCGCUGCAGGAAGAAGAGAGAAGGGGACCAAGAGGAACGGGAUCGUGGAUUGAAGCUGUUCCUCAGCGAUGAGGAGCUGAAGAGGCUGCACGAGUUCGAGGAGCAGUGCGUGCAGGAGCACUUCCGCGAGAAGGAGGACGAGCAGCAGUCGUCCAGCGACGAGCGCAUCCGCGUCACUUGUGAGAGAGUUGAAAAUAUGUCAAUGAGGUUGGAAGAAAUCAAUGAAAGAGAAACUUUUAUGAAAACUUCCCUGCAGACUGUUGACCUUCGACUUGCUCAGCUAGAAGAAUUAUCUAACAGAAUGGUGAACGCUCUUGAAAAUCUUGUGGGAAUCGACAGGUCUGACCUGAUCCAGGCACGGUCCCGGGCUUCUUCUGAAUGUGAGGCGACAUAUCUUCUGCGGCAAAGCAGCAUCAAUAGCGCUGAUGGUUACAGCUUGUAUCGAUAUCAUUUUAACGGAGAAGAGUUAUUGUUUGAGGAUACUUCUCUCUCCAUGUCACCAGGGACAGGAGUCAGGAAAAAAACCUGUUCCUUCCGUAUAAAGGAAGAGAAGGAUGCAAAAACACAUUUAGUCCCAGAACGUCAGAACAGCCUUCACCUUUCACCAGGCACCAGCACAUCAGCAACCCCAGAUGGCAGUCACCUUGCUGUAGAUGACUUAAAGAAUGCUGAAGAGUCAAAAUUAGGUCCAGAUACUUGGAUCUCAAAGGAAGAUGAUGAACGACAGGCAGACUCUAAAAAAGAAGAAACUAUUGCCCCAAGUUUAAAUAAAACAGAUGUGAUACCUGGCCAGGACAAAUCAGAUGUUCAAAACACUCAGCUAACAGUGGAAACGACAAAUACAGAAGGCACUGUUCCCUAUCCCCUGGAAGAAACCAAAAUUACACGCUAUUACCCUGAUGAAACGUUCAAUACUUUUAAAACAAUGAAGUCCAGAAGUGUCAUGUAUUCCCGGGGAAGAAAGCUGGUCAGUGGGGUUAAACAGGAUGUAGAGUACAGCUCAAUCAUGGACCAGCAAUGGACGACGGAAUGGAAAUGCCAAGUUCAGAAGAUCACACGCUCUCAUAGCACAGAUAUUCCUUACAUUGUGUCAGAAGCUGCAGUGCAAGCUGAGCAUAAACAGCAGUGUGCAGAUAUGGAAGGUGAACACUGUGUCGCUGAAGCAAUUCCUCGAAUCCCUCGCUUAUCCCUAACCAUUACUGACAGAAAUGGGAUAGAAAACUUACUGUCUGUGAAACCAGAUCAAACUUUGGGAUUCCCAUCUCUCAGGUCAAAAAGUUUACAUGGACAUCCUAGGAAUGCAAAAUCCAUUCAGGGAAAGUUAGACAGAUCUGGACAUGCCAGUAGCGUAAGUAGCUUAGUAAUUGUGUCUGGAAUUACAGCGGAAGAAGAAAAGGUUAAGAAAGAGAAAGCUUCCACAGAAACUGAAUGCUAGUCUGUUUUGUUUCUUUGUUUUCAACAGUCAGAGCCACUAAUGGGUGUCAUCUGGGCCAUCUAAACAUCAUCAGUUUCUGAAAACAUUUUCCUUAAAAAUUUUUGGAAAUUCAGACUUGAUUUAAAAUGUAAUGCUCUAAAAGUAGUAUUUUGUUAGCAUAUGUUAGUAGGCUUAGUUUUCUCAGUUGUUGUAGUAUCAAAUGAAAGUGACAAUACUAUAAUGAAGAUAAAUUGGCUAAUCAGUAUACAAGAUUAUACAAUCUCUUUAUUACUGAGGGCCACCAGAUAGCCUAGGAAGCACCCGUGAGCACUGAAGUCACCAUUAGGUCACAUAAGAAAUAAGCAACUGGCUGGGCAUAGUGGCUCAUGCCUAUAAUCCUAGCACUUUGGGAGACCAAGACAGAAAGAUGACUUGAGUCUAGGAGUUUCAGACCAGCCUGGGAAACAUAUGAUACUACCUCUCUAUUUAAAAAAAAAAAAAAAAAGAAGAUGAAGAAGAGGAAGAAGUAAGCACUUACGUAGAAAGAAAAGCUAAAGAGAACGCAAGCAUGGAAAACGGGAGGGGUAGAAAGAAGAAAAAUGAUGAGAUGCGAGAAGUGAGACGGAGCCAUAAAUAUGUUUUUAUGGGGUCUUUUUUCCAUUUUUUUUCUGUUUUAAUGAUUUAAAUUACACAAUGGGAAAAAAGUAUACAAUUAUAUCAAACAUCAUACUCUAAUAAUUUAGGGUGAUCUAGAGUUUUGUGCAAAAAUAAAGUAUCCAACAUGC